UCCUCCCGGUCUCCUCCCGGUCUCCCGGUCUCCUCCCGGUCUCCUCCCGGUCUCCCGGUCUCCUCCCGGUCUCCUCCCGGUCUCCCGGUCUCCUCCCGGUCUCCUCCCGGUCUCCGGUAGAUAGCAGCCAGCUGUUAGCUGUUAGCAUCAGGUCCAGGCUAGCAGGCUAGUUGUGCUGAGCUCAGCAGGCUGAGUGUUAUUCAGAUCUGACCCGGGUCAAAGUGAGUAAACAUCAGCCGGGUAGCAGCGAGCUAGCUGCCGGGUCUUACCCGGGAUGGAUGUGAGUUAACAGCUGGACUGACCCGGAUCUGACCGGUUCUCUGGGCCGAACCGAACCGAACCGAGCUGAGUGGUCCUGCAGCAGCAGCCUGGUCCGGGAGGGAUGAGAUGCACCGUUAACCCGGGUUAAACCAGGUGAGAUACCGUUAACCCGGGUUAAACCAGGAUGGACGUGUGCAGCAGGAACCCGAACCGCACGGCGCCGGUCGGCGACGACGGCAGCCCCCAGCGAGCUGACGUGCCGCUCUGCUCUCGGACCAACGGCUGGAGCUGGCCGCCGCACCCGUUCCAGCUGCUGGCCUGGCUGCUCUACGUCUACUUCGCCGUCACCGGCUUCGGCGUGUUCGUCCCUCUGCUCCCCGCUCACUGGAUCCCCGCGGGCUACAUCUGUACGGGCGUGAUGUUCGUCUGUCACCUGUGUGUCCACGUGAUGGCCGUGUCCGUCGACCCGGCAGACCGCAAUGUCAGAACCAAGAGCGACAGAGGUCCGGUCCCCGUGUUCGACCGCUCCAAACACGCUCACGUCAUCGAGAACUGCCACUGCUACCUGUGCCAGGUGGACGUGGGUCCGAAGUCGAAGCACUGCAGCGCCUGUAACAAGUGUGUUUCUAACUUCGACCAUCACUGUCGUUGGCUCAACAACUGUGUGGGGAGCAGGAACUACAAGUUGUUCCUCCACAGCGUGGUCUCGGCUCUGUUGGGGGUCUGUCUGGUUCUGGUCGUGGCCUCCUACGUCUUCAUCGAGUUCUUUCUGGACCCGUCCAAACUCCGCACUGACAAACACUUCCUGGUGAGGAAUGAGAGCGGUGUGUGGUUCGUCUUCCUGCCGGUGGCUCCGGUCCCGUCAGCAGCAGCAGUGAUUCCUGGUCUGGCUGCCGUCACCAUCGGUCUGGGUCUGCUGUCCUCUGGACUGCUCUGUCACCUGCUAUGCUUCCACAUCUACCUGAUGUGGAACAGACUCAGUACCUUCGAGUACAUCGUGCGUCAGCGUCACCGUCAGGACGGCAGAGACUCCGGGAAACCAGGAUCGGCGAAGGAGCCAGCAGCUGCUCCGUCAGUCCACCUCAUCAAGGACGGGAGCUAUUCAGGGACUCUGGGCUACACCAACCCUCAGCUGGACGUGGAGGAACCUACCACUGUGGCUGUACGGGGGGAGGCAGAGUUCGUGGCUAACGGCAGAGUGAGGACGGUCUCCAGUCCUGUCAUGGAGGAAGACGCUCCGCCCGCCAUUUCUACAGAGCUGAAAGCAGCAACACACACACACCGACGCACACAGAAAAAGAAGAAGAAGGUGCGUAAAGUCCCAGCAGAGGUCACCAGAGGGCGCUGCCCGGGUACAGCCCCGGCCCCCGCGGAGUCCGGCAGUGUGUCCACCGUGUCCCUAGGUCAGCGACUUCCUUUCCCAGCAUUCCCUCUGAGGGCCACCCUGCCCCCCCUGGCCUCCGCCUCGGGCCCCGUCCAGGCCGCCGCCCCCCCCUCCGAGUACCACUCGGACUCUGCGGAGUCUCUGGAGGAGAUCCCCGUGGCGUUGGCCAAGCUGGGCUCUUCGUCCUCUGCUGCUGCCGCCGCCGGAGACGGCGCCACGUUUUCACACAGAGCCGCCUCCCCGGCGUUCCCCCUCCCCUCCCCCCAGCCCAGGACUAAGAGGAAGGCCGCCUCCUCCUCCUCCCGCGCAAAUAAGAGCGCCGCGGAGUUAAGGUUUGAGAUGGCGUCCUCCCAGCCUCCGAUGGUGUUCGUCAGCCGGGCCAGCGGAGAGGCCGCUGAGCCCUGGGGGGAGGAAGGCCUGAGUCUGGGCCGGAGAAAGACCAGCUCCAGGCCCGGGGUCAGGCCCGGGGUCAGGACCGGGGUCAGGCUCGGGUCCAGACCCGGGUCCAGGCCGGCGUCCCGGGUGUCGCUGGGCUCCGGUGCGGCGUCCUGGAUGGAGCUGUGACCUGGAACAGUCUGAUCCCACAUCUCCUAUCUCCUACUGCGCUCUCUGUAGCCCAACGCACAACAAUCUAUAUUUAAUUUAAUUUUUAAGACUGGUUUUGUAUCUUUGUGACUAUUUAUUGUUUUUUUGACGAUGACUUUUUAAUUGUGAAUGCCAAAGGUGAGAUCACGUCUGUGCACAAUCUGAACCUGUGAACCUUAACUUUAUAACGUCACUGAGAAGCUGCUCAGUUAACAGCUGGUCUCCAUGGUAACGCAGGGCCAGAGGGAUGGAGGUGGUUGAUAGGGAGCUGAAGUCCUGACAUCACUUCCUGUCUAGCUCUGCCGCAGCAGCAGUAACAACCCCAAAACACGCUGCUAAGGAACAGUGAUGCUAAAGCUAAUGCUAACGUCCAGACUUCUGUCAUGAUGGCUGAAUACUGAACACAAAUAAUCAUAUGAAGUUUAAACUAAAACACAUAAAUGAACCAGUAAAUGAUUCUAAAUGAUUAAAACUCCUCAUUCUAAAAUGUGA